AUGCGGUUCCCGGUGCACAUCAUCAGCCUCUGCGUUUUCUCGGGUCUUGGCUUAGCAGCCCCAUCACACUCAGACCUUGAGAGUCGCCAGCUCAUCGGUGGGCUUCUCAAAGGUGUUGAUGGUACCCUAGAAACGGUUGUGGGAGGUCUUCUCGGUACGCUCCGCAAGGCUAUUGACAGCGGCGACAGAGAUAAAACACUGGAUAUCCUGCACGUCCUCGAGCCUACCAAGAAGCAUAAGAAUGUCGAAGAAACUUUUGCUGCCUUGGAGAAGAUCUCAAAGUCCAAGCCCAAGACCAUCAUCGACUACAGCGCGCAAUUGAUUGUCAAUGGUCUCAUUUCUGGGGACACGCUAGAUCUCUUCGCCUAUGCCAAGGGCCUUGUUUCUGCACAGAAUGGAAGCAACAACAAGAACCGCAAUCCUCCCAAAGAGGUCUACCCCAAAGUAGCAGACUGCGAUGCAUCUUACACCACCUCUGAAGCAAAGCUUCGCGCUGCCAUUCAUAUUCCUCCCACCUUUACAUACGGCGAAAAGCCCCCCGUCAUUUUGUUCCCGGGUACUGGAUCUACUGGUUUCACAACCUACCGUGGUAACUUCAUUCCGUUACUUACAGACGUUGAAUGGGCGGACCCUGUCUGGGUCAAUGUUCCUGUGCUGCUGCUUGAGGACGCGCAAGUCAACGCUGAGUAUGCUGCAUAUGCGCUCAACUACGUCGCGUCCCUUACCAAGAGGAACGUGUCUGUCAUCGCUUGGUCGCAAGGCAACAUUGAUGUCCAGUGGGCGCUCAAGUACUGGCCCUCGACGCGCAAAGUAACGACCGACCAUGUCGCCAUCAGCGCUGACUACAAAGGCACAAUUUUGGCCAACAUUGGGGGUGUCACCGGUUUGAUCAACACACCUGCCGUCGUUCAACAAGAAGCAGGAAGCACAUUCAUCAAUACUCUCCGCUCCAACGACGGUGACUCAGGCUACAUCCCUACAACAAGUCUCUACUCUAGUCUUUUCGACGAGGUUGUUCAGCCUCAAGAGGGCACUGGCGCGUCAGCUUACCUGCUUGAUGCUCGCAAUGUCGGCGUCACCAAUGCUGAAGUCCAAAAAGUCUGCGCUGGGAAGUUGGGUGGUUCAUUUUACACGCAUGAGAGUAUGCUCGCGAACCCACUUACGUUUGCGCUUGCGAAGGAUGCUCUUACCCAUGAGGGACCUGGAAAGGUCUCCCGACUUGACCUUGCCGACGUUUGUAACAGAUCUUUGGCGCCUGGCCUUGGCUUGGAGGAUUUGUUGAUCACCGAGAAUGCGAUCGUUAUCGCUGCUCUUUCGCUGGUCUUGUAUCUACCCAAGCAGGUAGACGAGCCUGCCAUUAAGCAAUACGCUCUUGAGGCAACUGGCACUUGCUAG